GUUUCCCCGGGACUUAGCCACGUUUACACGUGACCUCAUUCUGACCCCUCUGGCCCUGGUAUCCUGGAGUCUUGCUGAAGCAGUGAGUCCGAGCCCCACCUCCCCUCCCAUGUGGGCAGGGCACAGAUGCCACCCUUCAGGUGACGCCAUCAGGUGGCAGGAUGACUCCAGGAUGCGGAUGAUCCGCAGUCCAGCUACAGCCUGGCCGAAGUCCGUAUGCCGCCGCCACCCCAGCCCCUGUCCCCUAGCCCGGGCCUUGCAUUCCCUCCGGGCGUUUCUGUGGACAGAGAAAGCACAGGAGUGAGUCUUCUCAGCCCCCUAAGCAAGCAAGCGGCCGACGGAGGGACCCUAGGCCGGAGGCUCCUGAGCUUGUCGGAAACAUUCUCCCGCAGCGGCUCCACAAGAUGACCAGCCUGUUCCGCAGGAGCAGCAGCGGCAGCGGUGGUGGCGGUGCCACCGGGGCUCGCGGGGCCGGGGCCGGGGCGGGGGCGGCCGGGGACGGCAGCGCCGCCCCUCAGGAGCUCAACAACAGCCGCCCGGCCCGCCAGGUGCGCCGCCUCGAGUUCAACCAGGCCAUGGACGACUUCAAGACUAUGUUCCCUAACAUGGACUACGACAUCAUCGAGUGUGUGCUGCGCGCCAACAGCGGCGCGGUGGACGCCACCAUCGACCAGCUGUUGCAGAUGAACCUGGAGGCGGGUGGCGGCGGCAGCGCUUACGAGGACAGCUCGGACUCGGACGACAGCAUCCCACCCGAGAUCUUGGAAAGGACCUUGGAGCCCGACAGCUCUGAGGAAGAGCCCCCGCCUGUGUACUCGCCUCCGGCCUACCACAUGCACGUGUUCGACAGGCCUUACCUGAUGGCUCCUCCAACUCCGCCUCCCCGGAUUGAUGUCCUGGGCUCCGGACAACCUGCAAGUCAGAGGCGCUACAGGAACUGGAACCCACCCCUGCUGGGCAACCUCCCAGAUGACUUUCUCCGAAUCCUGCCCCAGCAGGUGGACAGCAUUCAGGGUCACCCCGGGGCCUCCAAGCCUACAAGUGGAGAGGGAGGCCCACCUCCCGUGCCAGGGCCUGCUGCCUGCGACCAGGACAGCCGCUGGAAGCAGUACCUGGAGGACGAGAGAAUUGCCCUCUUCCUGCAGAAUGAGGAGUUCAUGAAGGAGCUGCAGCGCAACCGUGACUUUCUCCUUGCCCUGGAGAGAGAUCGAUUGAAGUAUGAAUCCCAGAAAUCCAAAUCCAGCAACGUGGCAGUUGGGAAUGACUUUGGCUUCCCCGCCUCUGUCCCAGGAACCAGUGAUACCAACCCCACUGCGUCAGAAGAUGCCUUAUUCAGGGACAAGUUAAAACACAUGGGAAAAUCCACACGUAGGAAGCUGUUUGAGCUAGCCCGAGCCUUCUCUGAGAAGACCAAAAUGAGGAAGUCAAAGAGGAAACAUUUACCGAAGCUUCCGUCGCUGGGGGCUGCUGCAUCGACAGCCAACCUCCUGGAUGAUGUGGAGGGCCAUGCUUAUGAUGAAGACUUCCGGGGAAGGCGGCAGGAGGUGCCUAAGGUGGAAGAGGCCCUAAGAGAAGGACAGUAAGAGGUGCUGUCGACUUCACCUUGCCAGAGCUGCUCUGACCCUGUGGAGGCGACCAGAGAGCAACACCAGUGCCCUCCAGCUGCAGCAGAGACAGAUGGUGCUUGCACACCAAGGCCCAGGCUUCUUCAGCCACAGCCCAGCCCAGCCACUGCCACUUUCCACAGGACUUAAGAAUUUUCAGAGUUGCUUGUGAUUGGAGGAGGGACAGAAGCCAGCCACAAUCCCACUUAUAGUCUGGCUCCUCUACAGGGAAUGAGCAGAAAUACAGGAACCACCCCUCCCUUCAAAAGAAAAAGAAGGGAAAAGAAAAGAAAAUAAGAGAAGAGAAAAGAAAAGAAAAAAAGUCAAGACCCUAGGAAGCGCCAAGGUUGCAGUUUAGGAACUGCAAAAUGACCCAUCCUGAGGCUUUUUGAGCCUGAUGAGGGUUCUCCUGCUUCUUUCCCCUCUCUCCUGGCCUGUCACAGUGGGUCUGAACUUCCCCCACCCUCCGCCACCACCCCGUGGCCUUUUUUCCCCAAAGGUCUGCACCUCAGCCUUGCCCCUGACUGCUGACUCCUGGCCCCGCCCCCUCCACGGAACUCUGGACACUCUGGCCUUGUCAGGUCCAGCUCAUAGGGCUGCUUCUAUUAAGGGCUGGCUGUCACCUCCAGCAGCCUCCUCUUGACCCAGCAGGGAUGGGGAGGGUGACCCCGGAGCUGGAGGGAUUCUGUCUAGGCAGGGUCUUUAGUUUGGCAGAAGACGGAAGCUGGUUGUAAAUUUACAUCACAGUUCCUCAGGGGCUGGACCAGUCCCUUCGUUUUUAUAAGAUGGGGAGGCGCUGGAGUUUCAGGGUGGGAGUGACCCCAACUGAGAAGGAGCAGGGCUGAAGCGCAAGCUGCAGAGGCUGCCAGCCUGGGGCAGGGGAGGGGCCUGGUAAGCACCUAGAAACAAGAACUUGCCUCAGUGGGUGCCCCAGGUGGAGAACCAGAGGUAACCUGAGAAAGAACACUCCGAUUCUAGGACUCUUAGCCGGCACCAACCGCUGCCAAAGGGACGUGCCGCUGUCCCAUGACCUGGGAACGCGCUAACCUUUAGAGAGAGCCUGGAAGCCUGGGCAGGCGCGGGUGGGACCCUGGUGGAGGAUGCUUGGGUGGUAGGCGCUGGCAGGAAGUGGGAGCGUAGCGGGAAUGGGACCGCAAUCGCUUCGACUCCUCAACUCCUGCAGGUUGGUCGAGCUUCCCCGGGCUCGGGAGAGCAGAGCGCGCAGGGAGUAGUAACCAAGUCCGGAAGCGUGUGCAGUGCGGGGUGGGGGUGGGGACCACGCUGGCCCCGGGCCAGGCCUGUGACCCCUGGAGAGGACAGCUCCCUACCUCCCCGGAGCACUGGGAAGCUAGACUGAGCUCCAGACGUGUCUGGGCCUUCCCUGCUCCAGGGCUAGCCGCACUCGGGGAAAGCCCUAGGUCUGUGUGUGUGUCACUUUGUUGUUUUUUCCCCCCAUCCUGUGUGCGGUUUGUUUCCUUGGAGCUGUUUCAUAGGAAUUCCGGUAAUAAAGACUUGGUGUUCUCGUG